GCGUGCGUGGUUUUCCCAGGGUGCUCCGUGCUUCCGUCUCCGCGUGCCGGUUUCCUCACGUGGGGUUGUAGGGCCGCAGGUGUAUCCACAGAGCAGUUGCCGCCAGACUUCGGCGUCUUUGCGCUUUCCUCCUUUCCUGUGUUUUGUCGACUCCUGUAUAACCCUCGUAGGAACCCAUUUUGGCUGCAGCGGUGUCCGGGGUGAUGUGGACCCCGGAGCUGGCAGUUUUGAGGGGCUUCCCUACUGAGACAGAGCUGCAGCAUUGGAAGCAGGAGGGAGUAGCAGGCUCAGAGAGUGGCUCUUUCCUACAGUUGCUGCUAGAAGGGAACUAUGAGGCUAUACUCUUAAAUUCAUUGACUCAGAAUAUUUUAAAUUCAACAAUGAUGGCUGAAGAAAAGAUUGACAGCUACCUAGAGAAGCAGAUAGUAACAUUCCUGGAUUACCCAACAGAUGUGGACAAAACUGAAAGACAACAGCUGAUAUUCCUAAUUGGGGUGAGCUGUUUGCAACUCUUUGUUCAGAGUAACUGGACGGGGCCCCUCAUUGAUUUACACCCUCAGAACUUUUUACCAUCUGCUUUGUUCCAGCAAUUCAGUGAGGUCAAAGGCCUGGAUGCAGUUGUUCUGAAUCUGCUCGUUAUGGAUGGUGAAUCAGUCUAUAGCCUGACCUUGAGGCCUAUACUGCUGUUAAUUGCACGGGUUAUCCUAGUGAAUGUAAGACAUAAACUGACAGCCAUACAGAGCUUGCCCUGGUGGACUUUGAGGUGUGUGAAUAUUCAUCAGCACUUGCUCGAGGAACGCUCACCUCAGCUGUUUGCUCUGGCUGAAGACUCUAUUGAUCAAGUGAUGAAACUAGAGAAUCUAUUUAUAGAUGAUUCUGGCAAAUAUUUGGCUAUUCAAUUCCAUCUGGAAUGUGCUUACAUAUUUUUAUAUUACUAUGAAUAUAAAAAAGCAAAAGAUCAGUUUGACAUUGCUAAAGAUAUCAGCAAAUUACAAAUUAAUUUAACAGGUGCUUUGGGAAAAAGGACACGGUUCCAGGAAAAUUAUGUGGCACAACUUAUUCUAGAUGUAAGAAGGGGAGAGGAUGUCUUUUCAGAUUGUGAGUUCAGCCCAGCACCCACUCCUCAGGAACAUUUAACCAAGAAUCUUGAGCUCAAUGAUGAUACCAUUCUAAAUGAGAUAAAGUUAGCAGAUUGUGAGCAGUUUCAGAUGCCCAACCUCUGUGCUGAAGAACUUGCUGUUAUCCUUGGAAUCUGCACAAAUUUCCAAAAGAAUAACCCAGUGCAUAAGCUAACUGAAGAGGAGCUGCUGGCAUUUACAUCAUUUUUGCUUUCACAGCCAAAGUUCUGGGCCAUUCAGACAUCAGCCUUGAUCCUCCGGACAAAACUUGAGAGAAGAAGCACACGCCGAGUGGAACGAGCAAUGAGGCAGACACAGGCUCUUGCAGACCAGUUUGAAGAUAAGACUACAUCUGUAUUGGAACGCUUGAAGAUUUUCUACUGCUGUCAAGUACCACCUCAUUGGGCCAUUCAGCACCAACUUGGAAGUUUUCUCUUUGAGUUGGGAUGUACCGGUUCAGCCCUUCAGAUAUUUGAGAAGCUAGAAAUGUGGGAAGAUGUUGUCAUUUGUUAUGAAAGAGCUGGGCAGCAUGGGAAGGCAGAAGAAAUCCUUAGGCAAGAACUGAAGAAAAAAGAAACGCCAAGUUUAUACUGCUUGCUUGGAGAUGUCCUUCGAGACCACUCUUACUAUGACAAGGCCUGGGAGUUGUCCCAGCACCGCAGUGCUCGUGCUCAGCGCUCCAAAGGCCUCCUUCAUCUGCGCAACAAGGAGUUUAAAGAAUGCGUGGAGUGCUUUGAAUGCUCAGUGAAGAUUAAUCCCAUGCAGCUUGGAGUGUGGUUUUCCCUUGGCUGUGCCUAUUUGGCCUUGGAAGACUAUGGAGGUUCAGCGAAGGCAUUUCAGCGUUGUGUGACUCUAGAACCUGACAAUGCUGAAGCUUGGAACAAUUUAUCUACUUCCUAUAUCAGAUUAAAACAAAAAGCAAAAGCUUUUAGAACUUUACAAGAAGCCCUCAAGUGCAACUAUGAACACUGGCAGAUCUGGGAAAACUAUAUUCUCACUAGCACAGAUGUUGGGGAAUUUUCAGAAGCCAUUAAAGCUUAUCAUCGGCUCUUGGACUUACGAGACAAAUACAAAGAUGUUCAGGUUCUUAGAAUUCUGGUGAGGGCAGUGAUUGAUGGGAUGACUGAUCAGAGCGGAGGUAAUGCAACCAGCCUCAAAGGAAAGCUGCAGGAGUUACUUGGCAGAGUAACUUCAAGAGUGACAAGUGAUGGAGAAAUCUGGAGGCUGUAUGCCCAACUAUACGGAAAUGGGCAGAGUGAAAAGCCAGAUGAAAAUGAAAAGGCAUUCCAGUAUCUCUCUAAGGCAUACAAGUGUGACACACAGUCCAGUUGCUGGGAUAAAGACAUUACAUCAUUUAAGGAAGUGGUUCAGAAAGCCUUAGGACUUGCACAUGUGGCUAUAAAAUGCAGUAGAAACAAAUCCAGUCCUCAAGAGGCUCAGCAAGCACUUUCUUCAGUUCGACUCAACUUGCAGGGCCUGUUAUCUAAAGCAAAGCAACUUUUUACAGAUGUGGCAAGUGGAGAAAUUUCCAUGGAGUUAGCUGAUGAAAUAGCAACUAUAGACACCUUAGUAGUAGAGCUCCGAGACCUAUGCAACCAGUUUCUGAAUCAGUAUUGACCAUUGUGGGAACAGCUUCUCAAAAAGAUGCUUUCACCUUCUGGAAUUUCUCUUAUACAUGUGUAUCUGAAACACAAAAUACAGCUUUUUAAAUGAA